GAGACCGCAGCUGUUCCCUGUCAGUGGAGGCAGCGGCGGUAGAGACGGUGGCGACGACUUGCGGCGGAGGCGAGGAGGUGCCAGAAAAGGGUUUUACUUUAAAUGCUUCUUACUAAGCAUGUUGGCUGAUGUCUGAGAGCGUCCUUUGUACAGGCUUGGUGCCAGUGCUUUGAUAGCAGCUGCCACUGAGAGCUGACAGAACACUGAGGAUGCUGAAGUUCCGAACCAUCCGUGGGGGCCUGAGGCUCCUGGGGAUCCGCCGAGCCUCCACUGCCCCUGCUGCCUCCCCACACGUCCGGCGCCUGGAGUACAAGCCCAUCAAGAAGGUCAUGGUGGCCAACAGAGGUGAGAUUGCCAUCCGCGUGUUCCGGGCCUGCACGGAGCUGGGCAUCCGCACCGUGGCUGUCUACUCGGAGCAGGACACAGGCCAGAUGCACCGGCAGAAAGCAGAUGAAGCCUACCUCAUCGGCCGCGGCCUCGCCCCGGUGCAGGCCUAUCUGCACAUCCCAGACAUCAUCAAGGUGGCCAAGGAAAACAAUGUGGACGCGGUGCACCCUGGCUACGGGUUCCUGUCAGAGCGCGCGGACUUCGCCCAGGCCUGCCAGGAUGCCGGGGUUCGGUUCAUUGGGCCGAGCCCUGAGGUCGUCCGCAAGAUGGGAGAUAAGGUGGAGGCCCGGGCCAUCGCUAUCAGUGCAGGUGUUCCCGUGGUCCCUGGCACAGACGCCCCCAUCACCUCCCUGCACGAGGCCCAUGAGUUCUCCAACACCUACGGCUUCCCCAUUAUCUUCAAGGCCGCCUACGGGGGCGGGGGACGUGGCAUGAGGGUCGUGCACAGCUAUGAGGAGCUGGAGGAAAACUACAACCGGGCCUACUCGGAGGCUCUGGCUGCCUUUGGGAAUGGUGCACUGUUUGUGGAGAAGUUCAUUGAAAAGCCACGCCACAUCGAGGUGCAGAUCCUGGGAGACCAGUACGGGAACAUUUUGCACCUGUACGAGCGAGACUGUUCCAUCCAGCGGCGGCACCAGAAAGUGGUUGAGAUUGCUCCUGCUGCCCACCUGGACCCCCAGCUUCGGACCCGACUCACCAGUGACUCUGUCAAACUUGCUAAGCAGGUGGGCUACGAGAAUGCGGGCACCGUGGAGUUCCUGGUGGACAAGCACGGCAAACACUACUUCAUCGAGGUCAACUCCCGCCUGCAGGUGGAGCACACCGUCACCGAGGAGAUCACUGAUGUGGACCUGGUCCAUGCCCAGAUCCACGUGGCCGAGGGCCGGAGCCUGCCCGACCUGGGCCUGCGGCAGGAGAACAUCCGUAUCAACGGCUGUGCCAUUCAGUGCCGGGUCACCACUGAGGACCCCGCGCGCAGCUUCCAGCCAGACACUGGCCGCAUCGAGGUGUUCCGGAGCGGAGAGGGCAUGGGCAUCCGCCUCGAUAAUGCAUCUGCCUUCCAAGGAGCUGUCAUCUCCCCGCAUUACGAUUCCCUGCUGGUCAAAGUCAUUGCCCAUGGCAAAGACCACCCCACGGCUGCCACCAAGAUGAGCAGAGCCCUGGCUGAGUUCCGAGUCCGGGGUGUAAAGACCAACAUCCCCUUCCUGCAGAAUGUGCUCAACAACCAGCAGUUCCUGGCCGGCACCGUGGACACCCAGUUCAUCGAUGAGAACCCGGAGCUAUUCCAGCUGCGGCCUGCACAGAACCGGGCCCAGAAGCUGCUGCACUACCUCGGUCAUGUCAUGGUGAACGGCCCAACCACCCCGAUCCCCGUCAAGGCCAGUCCCAGCCCCACAGACCCCAUUGUCCCUGCAGUGCCCAUAGGCCCACCCCCAGCUGGUUUCAGAGACAUCCUGCUGCGGGAGGGGCCCGAGGGCUUCGCUAGAGCUGUGCGGAACCACCAGGGGCUGCUGCUGAUGGACACGACCUUCCGGGAUGCCCACCAGUCACUGCUGGCCACUCGUGUGCGAACCCACGAUCUCAAAAAGAUUGCUCCCUAUGUUGCUCACAACUUCAGCAAACUCUUCAGCAUAGAGAACUGGGGAGGAGCCACGUUUGAUGUUGCCAUGCGCUUCCUGUAUGAGUGCCCCUGGCGGCGGCUGCAGGAGCUCCGAGAGCUCAUCCCCAACAUCCCGUUCCAGAUGCUGCUGCGGGGGGCCAACGCCGUGGGCUACACCAACUACCCUGACAAUGUGGUCUUCAAGUUCUGUGAGGUGGCCAAAGAGAACGGCAUGGAUGUCUUCCGGGUUUUUGACUCCCUCAACUACAUGCCCAAUCUGCUACUGGGCAUGGAGGCAGCCGGCAAUGCUGGCGGUGUGGUGGAGGCCGCCAUCUCCUACACGGGUGACGUGGCCGACCCCAACCGCACCAAAUACUCACUGCAGUACUACAUGGGCCUGGCUGAAGAGUUGGUUCGAGCUGGCACCCACAUCUUGUGCAUCAAGGACAUGGCAGGGCUGCUAAAGCCAGUGGCCUGCACCAUGCUGGUCAGGUCCCUCAGGGACCGCUUCCCUGACCUCCCGCUGCACAUCCACACCCACGACACAUCAGGGGCAGGUGUGGCAGCUAUGCUGGCCUGUGCCCAGGCUGGGGCCGAUGUGGUAGAUGUGGCAGCUGAUUCCAUGUCCGGGAUGACUUCACAGCCCAGCAUGGGGGCCCUGGUGGCCUGCACCCGAGGGACUCCCAUGGACACAGGGGUGCCCCUGGAGCGCGUGUUUGACUACAGUGAGUACUGGGAGGGGGCCCGGGGAUUGUAUGCGGCCUUUGACUGCACGGCCACCAUGAAGUCUGGCAAUUCGGAUGUGUAUGAGAAUGAGAUCCCAGGGGGCCAGUACACCAACCUGCACUUCCAGGCACACAGCAUGGGGCUUGGCUCCAAGUUCAAGGAGGUCAAGAAGGCCUACGUGGAGGCCAACCAGAUGCUGGGCGACCUCAUCAAGGUGACACCGUCCUCCAAGAUCGUGGGGGACCUGGCCCAGUUCAUGGUGCAGAAUGGGCUGAGCCGGGCAGAGGCUGAAGCCCAAGCAGAAGAGCUGUCCUUCCCCCGCUCCGUGGUAGAGUUCCUGCAGGGCUACAUUGGCAUUCCCCACGGGGGGUUCCCUGAGCCCCUUCGCUCUAAGGUGCUAAAGGACCUGCCAAGGGUCGAGGGGCGGCCCGGAGCCUCCCUCCCUCCACUAGAUCUGCAGUUGCUGGAGAAGGAGCUGAUAGAACGGCACGGGGAGGAGGUGACACCAGAGGAUGUGCUCUCAGCAGCCAUAUACCCCGAUGUCUUUGCACACUUCAAGGACUUCACAGCUACUUUUGGCCCCCUGGAUAGCCUCAAUACCCGCCUCUUCCUGCAGGGACCCAAAAUUGCAGAGGAGUUUGAGGUGGAGCUGGAGCGGGGCAAGACACUGCACAUCAAAGCCCUGGCCAUAAGUGACCUGAACCGGGCUGGCCAGAGGCAGGUCUUCUUUGAGCUCAAUGGACAGCUGCGGUCCAUUCUGGUCAAGGACACUCAGGCCAUGAAGGAGAUGCACUUCCACCCCAAGGCUCUGAAGGAUGUAAAGGGCCAGAUCGGGGCGCCCAUGCCUGGGAAGGUGAUAGACAUCAAGGUAGCAGCUGGGGGCAAGGUGGCCAAGGGCCAGCCCCUGUGUGUGCUCAGCGCCAUGAAGAUGGAGACUGUAGUGACUUCACCCAUGGAGGGCACUGUCCGCAAGGUCCACGUAACCACAGACAUGACACUGGAGGGCGAUGACCUCAUCCUGGAGAUUGAGUGAUCUUGCCCCAGAUUGGCAGCCUGGCCAUACCCACCCCAAGCCUUCAAUAGACACUGAGCUGCCAGGGCAGGCCCAGGCCAGCCAGUGCCCGAGGGCAGAAAGGCCUAGCCCUGGAGCUCCUGUCCUCAGCUGCUUGUGGCAGGAGACGCACUGCCUGCUGUGGCACAUUCCCUUCCUCCAGCCAUCUGUCUUUUCCCUGCUGGACAGCUGCUCACAUAUUCAUCUCUUGCCAAAUAAGGGUCCUCAACUUGGAGACUACAGGUGGUGGUGUAGGUGGGCCUAAGACCCAGGGGAGCAAAUUUAGGGGUCCUACCUCUUGGGGGAAGAGCUAGGCUCCAAGUCCUGAGAACUUUGCUCAAUAAAACUGGCUUCCCCUGCC